UCAAAUUUCGGUUUUUUUUUUCUCCCAAAAAGAACAAAAAGGAAAUACAUUCACAAAAUCCGCGCUUUUUGGAGACUUGUUUUGAAUUUCCGCUGAUGUUUAAGGUUUUUAGCGACGAAUUUUGCUUAAAGAAAGCUCAAGAUUGUAGAAAAAAAAAAUUGCUUUUCGAUUUAGUUUGAAAUCGAUGUGGUCAAAAAAUGCCGACGAUUAGAGCUCCUGCUAAGAAGAAAACUACGACGUUAACGGUAGCUGUAAAAUGUAGACCGUUAACUGCGAGAGAGCGCGGCCGUGACAUUGUUAGAGUAAAAAACAAUAAGGAGGUGGUAGUGUUGGAUCCUGACUUAUCAAAGGACUAUUUGGAUCGCAUUCAGAACCGAACUAAAGAGAAAAAGUAUUACUUCGAUCACGCCUUCGGUCCUCAUUGUACAAAUUUGGAUACAUACCAAAAAUGUAUAUCGACUAUAAUCUCUGGAGUUGUACAGGGUCUUAAUGCAACAGUGUUUGCCUAUGGGUCAACUGGAAGUGGUAAAACAUAUACAAUGGUUGGGACACAACGUGAUCCUGGACUCAUGGUUCUUAGUUUGCACACAAUUUUUAAUCUUAUUAAAAGGGACAACAGCUCUGACGAAUUUGAAGUUACUUGUUCCUACCUUGAAGUCUACAAUGAAGUUAUCUAUGAUUUACUUGAAAAAUCAUCGGGUCCCUUGGACCUUAGAGAGGAUCCUGAACAAGGAAUAAUUGUUGCUGGGCUAAGAUGUAUUAAGGUUCAUUCGGCUGAUAAGAUUCUUGAACUUCUAAAUCUGGGGAAUAGUCGAAGGAAAACAGAAAGCACAGAGGCUAAUGUGACAUCAUCAAGAUCACAUGCAGUCUUGGAGAUUACUGUGACAAGAAAACAGAGAAACAAAUAUAGAAAUCAAGUCAUGCGAGGAAAACUUGCACUUGUGGAUCUUGCUGGCAGUGAACGAGCUUCUGAAACAAAUAGUGGGGGCCAAAAGCUGAGGGAUGGAGCUAACAUUAAUCGUUCACUUCUUGCUUUAGCAAACUGCAUCAAUGCUCUUGGGAAACAACAAAAGAAGGGUCUUGCCUAUGUUCCUUACCGCAAUAGUAAACUAACACGGAUACUUAAAGAUGGUUUGAGUGGUAAUUCUCAGACAGUGAUGGUUGCUACAAUAUCUCCAGCAGAUGGUCAGUAUCAUCACACUGUGAAUACCCUGAAAUAUGCAGACAGAGCAAAGGAAAUAAAGACGCACAUCCAGAAAAAUAUUGGCACAAUUGAUACACAUGUAUCAGAUUACCAACGAAUGAUUGACAGUCUUCAGAUUGAAGUUUGCCGAUUAAAGAAAGAACUAGCAGAAAAGGAAUCACAGUUGAGUGUCAAACCAGCUGACAAGGCUGCCGAUGAUGAACUGUCUUGGUUAAACAUUUUGAGCCAAGAAAUCAGUGAAAACGUUCAGGAACGGAUAAACUUACAGAAGGCACUAUUUGAACUUGAGGAAACCAAUCUUCGAAACCGCACUGAACUCCAACAUCUUGAUGAUGCUAUUGCAAAACACCAGGCUACUGAAAAUGAUGGUACUGUUGUUGAAGUUCUGAGAGUAAGGAGGCAAGAUAUUCUUGAUAACAUCCGUGACAAUGAUGAGGCUGGUGUUAGUUACCAAAAGGAAAUUGAAGCAAAUGAAAAGCAUCGCUGCCAACUGCAAGAUAUGAUUGAUGAAGCCAUUAGUAACAAUGGCAAUAAAAUCUAUUUGCGCAUACUCAGUCAAUACAGACUCCUGGGGAUGACUAAUACUGAGCUUCAGUUUGAAAUGGCAAUGAGGGAUCAAAUAAUUCACAACCAAAGAGAGGCACAAAGAAAUCUUUGGAACUUGCUCAUGGGUUUGGGACUUGAGGAGAAACAGAUACUGGACCUUGCUGCCAAGCAGGGAAUAACAAUUGAAGACUGGGCAAUGACACGCUAUCUGGGGCUUUCAAACAGGGAGCAGUCACCUAAUUUAGCAUCUGGAGGAUAUCCUCCUCUCACAUACGGUCUUUCUAUAAGCCAUUGGCAUUCAAGAUUAUCUUGCAUCUAUCCGAACUAUCAACAUAUUGCUUCAAAGUCUUUUUCUAGAGGGCGCUGGGAUCUGUCUCCUACUCUUUGCAGGGAGGAGCACCGCAGUUCCUACUACUUACUGGCUCAUGAUAACUCUCCACCAUAUGUCAGGUUUACCAAGAGUAGUGAUAACUGGGUUGGUGGUCCAGUUUCAUGGUUUGGGACUCCUGAUAAGGUUCCUCAAGAUUGGCGUAAAUCAUAUCCAGAGAUGAAAAGUCCUGCUUCAUCACGCAAUGAAAGCUCUCAGUUAGCUCCAGCUCUCGGUGCAGCUUUUGGGCAGGGGCAAAAGGACACUAUUAGGCAAAAUCUAUUCAACAAGGAUCCUCAUGUUGGAAUGAGUGGCAGUCAAGACUCGUUCAGAAGAGCAAUAGACCAUGGCACUACAAGCAAUGGUUUUUUGGGAUUUAUCCCAUCCGAACAAGGCUCAAAUCAAAUUGUCCAAACCCCCAAACCCUCAAGCCAUCUAGGCCUUUCCCGCAUUCCUUCAUUUACUUCCCAAAGUCCCAAAACGUAAGCAUUUUUGUAUAGCCCUCCCUCCUGUAUUUUGUACCCUUCCCUCCCUGUCUUUCCAUUUUUUCAUUCUUUUCUCCUCAAUAGUGUACAUAGAUGAAUUUGUCUUUGAGAAAUUGCUCUCAGGAGGAAUUGGUAGGUAAAAUUUUUUGUUUGCAUGUGGAGAGAAGACCGGGGAGUUUGCGUAAGGAGUUGGAUACACGCUUACAACCCUAUCUGCGGAAUGUAGUUAUUCCUGUAUCGGUAUGUCUGGUAAACAAAUGCGUUCCUAUCAAGUAUACUUAAGUUAUAAUAUAAUAACAAGCAAACUCAGUAUUAAAUGUUCAUCAA